CAUCGGCAGCAGACUGGACGUCGGCCCGACGAGGAGGCGGCUCGUUCCUAACAUUCGUCUUCUAUAAACAGCUGCGAGCUCUGCCAGCAGAAGGCGGGACUCUCUCAACUGGAGACACUUUUAUUUGGCGCGUGCACUGAUAAAGUAUUUGUUUUGACUGGCAACCCGAGGAUGCCCGCCGGGACUAUGGACAGAGCGUCUCCGUCUGCAGUGGCCGUCACUCCGGCCAGUGGAGUCUGCACGCCGGAAAAACCCCGGAAUCAGACCGAUAGCAGAAAGUCUUCUAAACCUAUCAUGGAGAAGCGGAGACGCGCGCGGAUCAACGAGAGCCUGAGCCAGCUGAAGACGCUCAUCCUGGACGCGCUCAAGAAAGACAGCUCCAGACACUCCAAACUGGAGAAGGCGGACAUCCUGGAGAUGACUGUGAAGCACCUCAGGAACCUGCAGAGGCUUCAGAUCACGGCCCCUGUGAACUCAGACCCAUCCGUCCUUGGGAAAUACAGAGCCGGCUUUAACGAAUGCGUGGGCGAGGUCACUCGUUUCCUGUCCUCCUGCGAAGGGGUGGACUCCGAGGUGAGGACCCGCCUCCUCAGCCACCUGGCGGUCCGCGUGACCCAGGUCAACACCGUGCACCUGUACGGGCCUCACCUGAGGUCGCACGUGUCGCCGGACGCCGCGAAGCUGUACGGCGGCUUCCAGGUGGUGCCGGACGGACACUUCGCGUUUCUGGUUCCCAGCGCCGCUCUGGCUCCCGUGAGUUCGCCGAGCGGCCACCACAUGUCGCCUGUUGCGCCUCUGGUCAGCGCCGAUUCAGUGUGGAGGCCGUGGUAGAGAAUGGGGAACAGACUGUGGAGGAAAGGACUAUCAGACGAUAAAGCAUAUUUUUGUACAUUUUGUAAAUGUUUGUUUAAACCUUUUGAGAGGGAUGUUUACACAUGUUGUGUUUAUGUCGGGAUAUUUGGACAUAUUCCUGGCCUCUGUACUUGCUUUUCCACAAGAGGCCAAGAAAAUAUAUGAGAUGCUCCUGAGAAGCACUGUUUUCUAUUAAUAAAAUGUUUCUAUGAUGCUUA